AUGGCUGUACUGGUCCCAUUCCCUGGAGGGAUCCUGCUUCUGCUGCUGCCAGCAGCAUGCCUGCAAGCUGGUAACUCAGGAAGAUCCAACAGAGAAAGACCUUUAGAGGUCCAACAACCAACACACCUCUCUGGUGUCCAGGGCGACUCCAUCGAGAUCCCCUUCUCCUUCUAUUUCCCCUGGGAGUUGGCAAAAGAUCCACAGAUGAGGAUUCUCUGGAGAUGGAAGGCUUUCCAUGGGGAAUUUAUCUACAACUCCUCCUCGGGUUUCAUCCAUGAGCAUUUCAAGGACCGGCUCAUCCUGAACUGGACACAGCCUCAGACAUCUGGAGUCCUCAGAAUCCUGGGCUUGAAGGAGAAGGACCAGACAGUGUACUUCUGCCGAGUUCAUCUGAACACAAAAGAUGGCAUACAGGAGUGGCUGUCAACUGAUGGAACCCAACUCACCAUUACCCGCGCAGUCAGUACUACCAUGCAGAGCUCCUCCAUUGUCACCUCUGCAGUCACCACAGCUCAACUGGAGGACACAGAGGGCCAGAAGAAUCCUUCAUUUGUGAACAUGGGAGCCAUGGUUGGAGUGGCUGUGGCCACGGCUGUGCUCAUAACCCCCGUCUGUGUACUGAUGAUCUUCCUCUGGUGGAAGAAAAGGUGA